AUGCCAAAAUCGCCAUCAGCAGACCAUGAUGCAUUGAAAUUCUUGAGUUUUGAUCUCGUUACAUAUCACUUCUUUCACUGGAAGAAGGGAACACCUUUUGCUGAUGACCAAGGUAUCUACAACAGGUUGACAUGGUGGGAGAAAAUUAAUAGUGGCAAGCAACUCACUCACAACAGGAAGUUUCUUACUGUUGUGCCUGUAGUGCAACUUUGCUCUAUGUGUAAUUGUAACUUGUAA